AUGCAGGAGGUGGGCAGUUCCCAGCGAGGCUCUCAGCGGGCCUUCAGCGUCCUGGAUCGUCUGCUGCUCACACAUCCUGUGUGGCUGCAGCUGUCACUCAACCAAGAAGCUGCCCUCUACAUCCUGCUCAGAGAACCUGUUGGGACAUUUUUAGUGCGCAAAUGCAGCUCCAGCCAGAGGAAGGUGCUGUGUUUCAGGGUGACAGCGGACAGAAGUGCCUCCUCUGUUAAGGAGUGCUUCAUCUGCGAGGAGGACUCCACAUUCGCCUUGGAGAGCUCAGCGCUCAGCUUCCCUGACUUGUGUCGACUGGUGGCCUUCUACUGUAUCAGCAGGGAUGUGUUGCCUUUGCCUCUGCAGCUACCUGAUGCCAUCGCUGAAGCGACAACACACAGGCAGCUGGAGGCCAUCUCACAUAUGGGACAAGACUUCUGGAGUUCACCAAGUGCGUCAGACAUCCAAAAUGGACCAAUAGAGCCAGUUGCAUCCACCAGUCAGGCCCAGACUGGGGGCCAGGACCGAUGUUCUCUUCUGUCAAGAGGCACACAAGGCAAACUCUGCUUCAUCAACCCGCUCUUUCUGCAGCUGGAGGUUUGCAAGCAGCCACAGCUCACAAACCACAGUGCCUCCAAUAAACGGCACCGCUUCAAGCGCAGCAUGCGGCUCCGGCUCUCUGAGUCCUCCAUGAAUCUGUCCCUAGAGGGGAUUGGUUCCUACUCCCCUCCCCCUUCGGUUGAGCAUCCUGGUGGGUCAGAGAGGCUGAACAAGACCAACACUAACUCACAGAGGAGAGUUCACGCUGGUGCGGGUGUCCUGAGGAGAACCCCUGCUGUUUCACCUGGAUCUGCUGAGGAGGAUGACCUGAUGUCUGUCUAUGUGCCACAAACAUCUGCUAAGGUGGAGGAGCCUCCAAAGCCACAGCAGUCCGGCCCAGCUGAGGAGCCAGGCAUCGAGGUGGCACUUCUGGCCCUGGAGCGCCGCCCGGCUCCAUCUUUGGCAGAGCUCGACAGCAGCAGUUCCUUCAGCAGUAUGGAUGAGGACAAUGACGAGGACACAGAACCAGAAAGCAUGGCCCAAUUCCAAAUGCACACCUACCAUCGCCCGCCGCUCUUGCGCUCUCGAGGUCGUGGCGGGCUGCACCGCAUGAGCGAGGCGUUUGUGUGUUUCUUUGCACCAGACAAGCGGCUCACUCGACUGGUGGAGGAGCUGUCCAGAGACAGGCGCUCAAUCUUCGGGGGUAUGGUUCAAGACUUCCUCCUAGAGCAAAGAGAGGUGCUGAAAUCCCUGACAUCCCCGCCUUCUGCAUCUUCCUCAUCACGUGUGACCUCUGUGCAGCUUCUGCAGGGUCUGCGCCUCUUUCUGUCCCAGGCCAAGUGUUGCCUGCUGGACAGCGGAGAGCUGGAGCCUCCCAUUGAAACCCUGGUGCCAGAGAAUGAGAAGGACCUGGCACUGGAGCGGGCCAUGUUCUCCUGCGUGCUCAGGCCUCUGAGGUCCCACCUCGAGAAAGCCCUUGUUGCGUUACACAGUCAGGAUGGCUCCACCCAGCGCCUCACCCAGAACCUGCUCCGGCUGAAAGGGGACGCUUCCAUGGAGCGGCUUGGUGUUCGGACGGGCGUCCCGGACAGCCGAGAGGUGGAGAGGGUGAAGCAGAAGCUGCUGCUGAUGCAGCGGACGCACUCACCCAUCGACAAGGUGCUGCUGCUGCUGCAAGUGUGCAAGUGUGUCCACAAGGCCAUGGGGUCCUUACACGGACAGGAAGUUGGCUGGGACGACUUCUUGCCAUCAUUGUCUUACGUGAUUGUGGAGUGUAACAAACCUCACAUCCUCAUAGAGGUGGAGUACAUGAUGGAGCUGCUGGAGCCCUCGUGGCUCGGAGGAGAGGGUGGCUACUACCUGACCAGCGUGUAUGCCAGCCUGUGUCUGAUCCAGGGCCUGGACAAGGAGCAGCCAUUCUCAGGCUGCCUGACGCCAGAGGUCCAAGAAGCGCUGAAAGAGUGGAGCUGCAGACGGAGCCGAGAGGCCCAGAGACAAAAAGAGAAUCAGCAGAGCCAAAGGUGCGUUCGGAUACUGUUCCAGGACGGGGAGCGGAGCGCUGUGCGGACGUUGCAGUGGAGAGCCGGGGAGACGAGCCAGGCCCUGGCGCAGCUGUGUGCCGCCACCUUCGGAGUGUCCGACCCGCAACAAUACACCCUGUACUGGCGCAGCGGCGGCGAGAUGAGGGCCCUGCCACCCCAGGCCCAGCCCCAGGACCUGGCCAGCCACAGCGAGGGAGGCCCCUCGCUCUCCUACCUGAGGACCGACCACGACUUCAGCAAGAUGCGGCGGCUCACCAGAGGUGGCGCCGUGGACCUGAGCGAGUCGGUGUGUGAGGAGUGAGUGGGAGGCAUAGAGGAAGGAGGAGGAAGGAGGAGGAGGAGAUGGAUGGUCGCUCUUGCGUUCUCUCUCUCUCUCUCUUUCUCUCUCUUGUCCUGUCUCUUUUCUCUCUGACGGUGUGUUGUGUCUCGUCGUGGGUCAGGACUUAUUGUGAAAAACUGCAGCCCUUCUCCAGACUAGGAGCAGAGCUUAAAUGGUAAACUCUUCCCUAAAUGGACCAACAUGCAGAACAGAGCAGGACCAACAUAGGAAGUGUUGCCAAAAGUUGUACUAUGUACCACUCAGUGUGGCUGCUAGUGUAAAGGAGUGUACUACUUGUGACAUGGAAAAUGUGUAAUAAAUGGAUUUGGUUGUUAUUUGAAACAUGAACCCAGAUUUAUACCAUGAAGCGAUUACAUCAUUAAAACAUGUGAAGAGGCUCGAAUCCAAAGACAAAUUCUGUGAGACUACUGUUGCCUGGAAACUAAUCACUUCCUGCAAGCACCCAAGAAGGCAAAUUGUCCACCGUGGUGAUGUAACCCUUUCACUGUAUAGUUCUGGGUGAAAAUUGGAUGUUUUAUUACUUUCAUUUUAUGUGUAAAAGUCUGCAGAUUGCUGGAUGGAACUAUGCUGUUAAAGGUGGGGACGCGAGGCUUUCUGUGCCCCCUCUCUCCCCCCCUCCCCAGUGACAGAGAGGUGAGAAAUGUUAUAGCCAAGACCAAACCUCAAUACCAAAGUGACAAAAAAAAAAAAAAAAAAAAAGAGAGGCCAUUUAGCGAUACAGCAGCUGUUUGCUUUGAAAGAAAUCGUGAGGGAAGCUUUAAAUCAGCUGUUUAUUUUUAGACACCCACAAAGACUAUUUUAUUUUUACUUCCUGAGAAAAAGCUCUCCUCCCAGCUUGCGUAUUCUAUUUAAUGGUUUUGGCAGGUGGAGUAAUGGGCGAGUAGGAGGGGAAGUGAUAGAAAGGCAUCAUCUCUCUGUUUUUAAACCAAGUGAGGGGAAAAAAAAAAAAAAAGAAGAAGCACAUCACAUCGACACACCAGGACAACAGAUUUACUGAAUGACUUGCGAAUGUAUUUAAAAUCUUUCUCAGUGUUUAUUCCUUUCAGAAUUGCAUUCAUUUCACGUUUCGAGUCACCGCUUUUGAGUUCUGCUGUUUCUCUUGGCCGAGCCUGUAAGCUAACUUUUUUUUUUUUGUCAUAAGUGGACUGAGAGGACAGUCUGACCAAUAAAACCAGGACCCUCGUGGCGACUGGUAGAAUGUAAAUGUACACGUCACCAGCCUCUGGUGACUUCCUGCUGCAAGUCAUCGCUAUCGACUGACUGUUCGACUCAGUGUCGUUAUCAAUUAUCAUGUUGUGUAUUUAAAACUAACUUUGAAUUGUUCAAUUUGUUGGGUAGAUAUCGAACCUAAGUGUGGAUUUCCGACAUCUCUGGAGUUUUUAAAAUCAGCCGAGGGGGUUCAUUUUUGAGAUGUGUUUUGAACAUUAUUGCAUGCUUUUUCAUUUUAACGUGAAGGUUCUGCGAAUGUGGUGUGUGUAUGUGUGUGUGUGGGUGUGCGUGUGUGCGUGUGCGUGUGUGUGUGUGUGUGUGUGUGUGUGCGUGAAGCAUGUGUUCAUUGUGAGAGCUCACUAUUUCUUUUCAGUGUAAAAACACAUGACUGUAUUUUGUCAGGUAACUCAGUAUCGCAAUAAAAAAAAAAUUGCAAUAUC